CGCGGGGCGGCCGGUGCUCCCACUCGUCCCGUCCCGGCCAUGGGCUCCCCGCGCCGCCCCGCGCCGCCGCCGCCGCCCGCCCCCCCGGCGCUGCCCUCCCCGCCGGCGGCCGCGCAGGGCGGGCGGCUGCGGGCACUGCACUGGGAGCCGGUGCCCGCGGCGCGGGUGCGCGGCCGCCGCUCGGUCUGGGCUCCGCGGGCCGCCCCGCCGCCGCUGGACCUGCCGCGCCUCCGGCUGCUCUUCCGAGAGCCCCGCGGGGCCGCCCCGGGGCAGCGCCCGCCGCCCGCGGCCGCGCUGCUGGAGCCCAAGCGGAGCCUCGCCCUCGGCGUCUUCCUCAAGCAGGUCAAGCGGCCCGUCUGCCAGAUCGUGCGGGACAUCCAGGAGGGUGUCGGGGCGCCCUACGGGGCGGAGAAGCUGCUGGAGCUCUCCCGGAUGCUGCCCAGUGCCACAGAGGUGGCCCGGCUGCGGUCCUUCCCCGGCAGCCCCCACCAGCUUGCUGACCCUGAGCUCUUCAUGCUGCUGCUGACAGAGGUGCCCAGCUACACCCAGCGCCUGGAGCUGCUGGUGCUGAAGGAGGACUUCUUCCCCCGGCUCACCACCCUGCGCGGCUCCAUCCAGACCCUGACGGAAGCCGCCGUCGAGCUGCUGGAGUGUGAGGAGCUGCACACCAUCCUCCACCUCAUCCUGAGCGCCGGCAACUACCUGAACUCGGGUGGCUAUGCCGGCAGCGCCGCUGGCUUCCGCCUCGCCUCGCUGCUGAAGGUGCCCGACACCAAGGCCAACGAGCCGGGCCUGGACCUGCUGCACUUCGUGGCGAUGGAGGCGGCCAGAGUGGAGAAGAGCCUGCUGGACUUCCCUGGCAAGCUGCAGCACGUGGGCCCAGCCUCACGGAUCGAGGUGGCGGAGGUGGAGGGGGAGCUGCGGCGGCUGGCGGGGCAGCUGGAGGGGGCCCGGAGCCUGGGCGUGGAGGGGCUGGGGCAGCAGCUGCAGCCCUUCCUGCGCGCGGCCGAGGAGGAGCUGCACGGGGCGUGGGAUGCACUGGAGCGGAUGCACCGCGCCGCGGCCACCACCCUCGACUUCUUCUGCGAGGACAUGGCGCCUGGCGGCCUGCAGGACCUGUGUGCCGUCCUGCACGGCUUCGCGGGCCGGCUCCUCACCGCUGCACAGGAGAACCGGGUGCGGGAGCAGGCGCAGCACCGGCGGCAGCAGCUGGAGCAGGAGCGGCUGAAGCGUCGUUCCAUCGCCACGUGCUCCGCGCGGGACGUGGCUCCCCGGGACAUGGGGCCGCGCGGCCCCUUCCCACUCACACCCCAGCCCAGCCGGCACAGCCUCCGCUCCCCACGCCCCAGCUCUGAGCCCUGCCUGGCCACCCCGAGGGGGGAUGACCCCCUUGGCUCCCCUGGCCCCCCAGGCUGCGGGAGCCCCCGCCUGCCCCCAGCUCGGCAGAGUCCCACCUGGCCGCCCGGAGCCCCCCUGGCCCCACUGCGGCGGCACACGGCCCCGGCGCUGCCGGCCCUGCCCGAGGUGGGGGGCUGUGACCAGCCCUCCCCAGGCGCCCCGGCCAGCAGGCAGGGGGGGCUUUUCGAGUCUGGCCCUGAGCUCUGCCUGCCCGAGCCGCCCCCCCCCGGCCACAGCCUCAGCCCCUGCCAGCCCUGCGCCCUUCUUCAGCCUGGCCAGCCUCUUCCAGCGGAGCGGGGCCCAGAGCAGGUCGGCGUGCCCCCAGCCGCCCCCGGCCGCCCCCCCCAAGGGCUCUGCCCUGCUCGGCUUCCUGCGGCGACUGGCGGGCGGGAAGGGGCACGGAGCCCCCCCCAGCUGAGGGGCUGCGGGGCCGGGGCUGCUGGGCUGGUCUCUGGUUUUAUCCUUCCCUGUGUCCCUGCUCCCGUCUGGUUUGUUGUGGUAUGUUGUGGUAAUAAAAAUCUGAGAACCUCCCCAGCCUCCUGCUCCCUGGGUGAUGGCCAUGCUCUGGGUGUGUCUGCCGCCCCGUGUUGUCAUCAUGCGAGGCCGUGGCGGCACCCGGCCGCCUGCGUCAGGCACGGCACAGCACGGUGCUGGCCCAGCUGCCCGGGGGGGGGCCCCGUGGCUGCAGCUCCCCGCCCGCCGCCUCCAUGCUGCGGCUUCAUGGCCUUGCCGCAGCGCCUGGUGCUGCCGCCGCAGCAGCCGCGUCCCCUGCCCGGUGCUGCCCCAGCGCUGGCCCGGGGCCGUGUCCCGGCCGAGCGGGGCCCUCCGCCGGCCCCAUCACUGUGCCCUUUGUUGUUGGGCUGGUGCCGGCCGUGCCAGGCGGCGCAGAGGCGGGUGAUGCAGGACCCUGUCCCCCCGUCCCUGGCCCCCGCCUGCCCGCCCCCGCACACCUUCCGGCAGGUCUCUCACAGCCGGCACCCGGCAGCAGCACGGGGCCUGGCCAGACCCAGCCACGGUGACACCAGAAAGAUCCCGCGAGACCCCUCCGUCCCUCCUGCCGACCGCCCGGGGCCCCUGCCACAGGGGGAUGGCUCCGGCAGGCAGCACCGCGGCGGGGACCCGCAGCCGCUGCGGCUCCCCGGUCGUGCCCCCCCCCUCAACUCCAUCCCCUCCGCCGCCCCCCGCCCGCUGUCCGGAGCCCCUAUCCCGCCGCGGGGGCGGUGCCGUCGGGGCGGGCGGUGCCGCACAAUGGCGGCCGGGGCGGGGCCGGGCCGGGGCCUGGAGCGCGGGGCCGCCGCAGCGCCGUGA